UAGAUCGCGCAAAGCACCCUACCUGGCUUGCCACGUGUACACACAUAUUUUGGAGUGUAAUAUGGCAGAUGCAUAGAUCCAGGAGGACACUACCUAGCUCACAUGGUCAGCGUAGUAGCAGAGACGAGACGACGACAAUGGCGGCGAUUUAUCUUCUAAUUUUAUUUCCCGCUAUUUUUUUGUCUUCUCUAUUGGAUCUCUCAUCUCAAGAUCCGCAGAGCAUCCACCACCUGCUCCCCCAAUUGCACGACGCCAAGCUCAAGGUCGCUCAAUUAGAAUCUUCUCUUGAGGAAAUCAUCCAAAAGGUUAAGGAUAGAGACCUUUAUUUGGAGGAAGGAGAGUAUCGAAUUCAGGAGAUGGAGAAGAAGAUUAACGAUUUGCAAUCUACUCUUUCAAAUUUGAAGGUUUUCUUUGGUGGCUCACUGCCUUUGCCCGCUGAUCAAAAGGUUAAUGUUCUGGAAGAAGAGAUACGAGUUCUAUGGGCAACUUCAAGAAAGAACAAUUUUGAUCUUCAUGUUUUAGAGUCUAAAGCAAGAGAAGCUGAGGACAGAUUGCAAACAGUGACUUCGCAGGUUGAGAAGAUGGCUGACAUAGUGUCAGAGCAGUGGAUCCAAAUUCAACAGUUUGAGCAGGCUCUUCAACUAAGAGAAAUGAGCAUAUUAAAGGCUCGGAGACGAGCAAGGAUUCCUAGAUGCUCAUUCUUGAAGUUCAUAAAUGACCUUUCCGGUGAAUAUCUUCCAAAGUCUCUUGGGCCACUGGGUUCGCAUUUGUUUGGCAUGGAGUCUGCCUUUGGAUCCUACAUCUCCCAAACUCUACAUCAGUUAGAAAGAUUCUUUUCAACAGUGAAAGAGUCCCACCAUGAGCUGCAAGGUUUCAUCAAAAGAGAAAUGGAAAGACAUGAGUUCAGUGCCCGAAUUGCCAAUGAGGAACUAGUAUUUUUUGUGGCUUCUGCUUUGAUCAUAUUCCCAGUCUUGAGUGCUUGGAUGUUGCUCUCAUCACAGUUGCACUAGUUGAGAAUUUUACUCUCGAUGAAAACAGCCUAUUCUAUUGUGAAGAAGAGGAUAAUGCGCAAACCAACACUACCAACCUAUGCAGCUUUUGUGGAAAGUGGGUGCGGGGUGGUACUUGUAACACAUGUCCAUGUUGGAUCCUGCUGUAAUUUCGUUUACAUGAUCUCUGGUGGUUAUCCUAUUAGCCUUACAAGGUCAAAAUCAAUACUUUAUGCCCACAUUGUUUGGGUUUUUGACAUUACAAAUCAAUAUUCUAAUGUUCUGAAUGUAAAUAUGCUAUGAACCGAGUUUAAGUUUUGAUGCAGAAUCCAAGUUACUGUUUCAAAUUC